AUGGCCAUCGUCCACGGAUUCCAAACCCAGAUAUUCCGUCUCUUGGGCAUUCGGACCAAAUACCCCGGCUACUCCAAACUGAUCUACGAUGGCAACGGGAAGAUAAUCAGCUGUAUCUACGGGCCCAAGAUCCAGCCCCGUGUGUUCAAGAAGCCUGACACGGUCUUUUACAAGCAAGCCAAGCCCUCCAAGAAGAUGUCGGAGGAGUAUACAGGGGAAACGGACAUCAUCUGGCGUAUCAGGGAGAACCGAGGUAAGAAAGACCCUUGA